CCGGAAGCCCCGCGGUGACGUCACCCAGACCUCUGACGUCAGUCUCCGAAGUUGCCACGAAUGCAGAGCGGGACGAUGUGGAAGCUGGUGCGCUGCUCCGUGCUCGUGGUUCUGUUCUCGCGGCUCGGUUCGUGCUGGUCGUGGUCCGGAGCGGACGAGCCGCGGGACCAGGUCCAGAUCGAGGUUCUGUUCAGGCCCGAGGAGUGCGGCAGGAGGGCCCAGAGAGGGGAUCUGAUCAACGCUCACUACGACGGCUUCCUGGCCAAGGAUGGGAGCCAGUUCUACUGCAGCCGCUCGGACAAGCAGGGCCACCCGCAGUGGUUCGUUCUGGGCGUGGGGCAGAUCAUCAAAGGCCUGGACAUCGGCAUCAUGGAGAUGUGCGCCGGGGAGAGGAGGAAGCUGACGGUUCCCGCGGCUCUGGCGUUCGGCGAGGCGGGGAAAGGUCCCGUGCCUCCAAACGCCACCGUGGUCUUUGAGGUGGAGGUGCUCUCCGUGUCCAAGGGCCCGCGCACCAUGGAGGCCUUUGGACGGAUGGACCUGGACAAGGACAGAAGUCUGAACAAAGCUGAGGUGAAAGAAUACCUGAAGCUGGAGUACGAAAAGGGCGGGAAGCCUCGGGACGAGCCGUUCUACGAGAAGAUCCUCGCCGACAUCUUCAGGAAGAGCGACCACGACCAGGACGGACUGAUCAGCGCCAAGGAGUACAAUAUUUAUGAACGCGAUGAGCUGUAGUGGCUUCUUACUUGUUGAUUUGGGGACCAUCCAACCACUGGAGCUCCAUCCUCCAUGUUUUCAUGUGUUCGCAGCUUCCAGACGUCUUCUUUCAUCUAUUUUACACUUUUUUAUACUCCGCCGUUUUACUGCAGUUCCUUAAAUCUCAUUCCAGAGAGAAAUAACUGUGAUUUUUAGCGUUUUGGACCCGUGUCAGAUCCAGAACCGGUGCCGUUCGUAGCACAGUUCAACAAAGGGAGGUAGGAAGUCAUGUAAGAUUCGCUGAAUUAGAGAAUCUGAAGAUGUUCUGCAGAACAAAGACUGAAACGGUGAGAUGGAGACAUGCCUGUCCUCCAGUCGACCCGACCCGACCCGACCCGGCCCAUACACAGAACAUUUGAUCACAAAACCACUUCCUGGAUUUUACUAAACACAAAUGCGCUGAUAAUGAUGAUAAAUGAUGUUUGAUUUAAAAAAUAAAGUUCCCAUUCAUCCACCAGC